AUGGGGCAUCUGAUUGCUACACGGUGUGCUUCAAGACAGGGUGUGCUCACUCCUCUAGGGGCAGAGUUAACAGGGGCACUACUGGCUGUCCAGUUCUGCAAAACCUUGGGGUUGACGAGGAUUAAUUUUGAAGGGGAUGCGCAGGUGGCUGUGAAUGCUAUAAAUUCUUCGACCAGGGAUAUGAGUAACUUUGGUCAUGUUGUGGACGACAUACACACCGAAUUACAAGGCUUACCUUGCUGGCAAUUCACGUUCACUCGAAGGGAUGGGAAUAAAGCCGCUCAUCGUUUAUCUCGCUUUGCGGCAUUGCAUGCGAUAAGCCAGACAUGGCGUGAUACACCGCCUGUUUGGUUGAGAGACAUUAUUUAUUUGGAGCAAACUGCUCUGGGAGACUAA